AUGUGCGUCAACACAUGCCUUGCGUAUAUGGGUCCCUUUGCAGACCUAGACAUCUGUCCCAUGUGCCUUGAACCGCGAUAUGACCAGCUCAUCUUAGCUCGACCGCAAAUUCAAGCUCUUUGGCGUGACUUGACCAGUGCAUCUAAUAUGAGGUACCAUGAGGAGCGUACUCAAGAACUCAUAGAAGAAUUGCAACUUAAUGACAGGGCUCUCAAAUCAUAUGACAACUUUUUUGCUGGCAGUGACUACAUCAAUGCUGUAGCAGAGGGACAAAUUCAAUCUGGCGAUACGGUGCUUAUGUUUUCCAUGGAUGGUGCACAGCUAUACGAGAAGAAAUCAUCGGACUGUUGGAUCUAUAUCUGGGUGAUCUUUGACCUUUCCCCAGAUAAACGGUACCAAAAAAAACAUGUACUACCUGACGGGAUCAUACCAGGGCCAAACAAGCCCAAGAACAUUGAUUCCUUCAUAUUUCCAGGGCUACACCACCUCUCUGCCAUCCAGCGCGAAGGCCUACGUAUCUGGGACUCCUCAAGAAACAUUAUAUUCACGUCAAAACCAUUCCUAGCACUUGUCGAGGGUCGUUUUGGGGAUCAGGUGGAUUAA